AUGUCGCGCAAUGCUUUAGUUACUGGUGCUGCACGAGGUAUUGGACGUGCAAUUGCUCUUCGCCUUGCUAGAGAUGGUCUCAAUGUGGCUGUCAAUGAUAUUGCAGCAAACUCAAUAGAGCUCAAGAAUGUUCGAAAAGAAAUUGAAGCAAUUGGUAGGAAAUCUGUCGCCAUCACCACUGAUGUUUCUAUCGAUAAAGAAGUUAAAGCGAUGAUGCAGAACGUCGCAAAACAAUUGGGUAGUUUGGACGUAAUGGUUGCUAAUGCAGGAAUUGCUCAGGUGAAACCACUUAUUGAUGUCACUGCAGAAGACUGGGACAACAUAUUCGCAACCAAUAUGCGUGGUGUAUUUCUUUGUUACAAAGAAGCUGCCAAAGUUAUGAUUGAUCAAGGUAAAGGAGGCAAAAUUAUUGGAGCUUGCAGUAUCGUCGGAUACAAGCCAUUUCCAAUGUUGAGUCCGUAUUCAGCCAGUAAAUGGGGUGUGCGUGGCCUUACACAAGCCGCUGCCAUGGAAUGGGCAAAACACAAGAUAACGGUCAAUGCUUAUUGUCCCGGUAUGUUUCAUAAUAGUUUCUUCGAAAUAAAUAAUUGUUAUCUUACAAUGAAAACAGGAAUUGUCCAAACUGCGAUGUGGGAUAUGGCUGACGAAGAAUUGGCGAAAAUCGAAGGCAAGCAAAAAGGAGAGGUCAUCAAAGAUUACUCAAAGAAUCUCAUAAUACUUGGUCGUACAAGUGAACCAGAAGAUGUAGCAAACUUUGUAUCGUACCUUGCAAGCAAAGAUUCUGACUACAUGACUGGACAAAGUAUUAUCAUUGAUGGUGGAAUUGAAUUUUCUUAA